AUGUCCUGUUGGGUGCUGCUGCCCAUGCCCUCCCAACAUCAAAGAUGGGGAAGCUGCCGUACUUUGGAGCGAAUGGCCGUAUCAAAGCGCGCAAUCGAUCCCACGAAACCUGUUCCCGUGACAGGCGACCACGCAUAUCAACCAGCCAACUUCGCAGCUGGAGAGAUCCGAGGCCUAUGCCCUGGUCUAAACGCUCUGGCGAAUCAUGGAUACCUCCCACGGAGUGGCGUUGGCACCAUCGAGGACUUUUCUGCUAUCACCGAUGUCUUCGGUGUCGAUAUUCCGCUUGCCCAGUUCUUGGCCGUCUACGGUGCCGUCUUCGAUGGCGAUCUCUUGUCGUGGUCCAUCAUCGGCGGGCCUCCACCGGAUAGCCUCGUUGGCGGACUUCUUGGUGGCACAGGCCUGAUUGGAAAGCCUCAAGGCCUUUCGGGAUCCCAUAACAAAUAUGAGGGCGAUGCCUCGCCGACUCGUGGAGACCUCUACGUCACUGGUAAUAAUUUCCGAAGCCUUCCCGAGAACUUUCAAGCUCUCUACGACAUGCAGAAGGAUGUUGUAAACCCAAACUACGACCUCACGGUCCUUGGUCACCAUAGGUCGAAUCGCUUCGAGAACUCCAUCGCCACGAACCCAUAUUUCUUCAACGCAUCUGUCCCCGGUCUUGCCGUACUUCCAGCUGCGUAUUCUUUCAUCUGCCGCCUCAGGGCCAACCACACCGGCGCGGAUCCACAGGAGGGAACAUUGGAUAAAGAGACUCUGAAGGCUUCCUUCGGUUACCCUGGUCCAGACGAUAAAUUGGUGCACACACCCGGCACAGAGCGCAUUCCCGAGAAUUGUGGCGGUCGCCGCCGGCCUCUUUUUCGAUUCCAUCAACCCGACAUUCCUUUCCGUUGGACUGGCGAGGUAAACACCUUCACUGGUGUUAACGUCGGGGACCUUUCUGGGGGUGUCUUCAACGGGCAGACCCUGGCUGAAGGCAAUAAUGCAUGGUGCUUUGCCAUGCAAUUUGCCGCAGGCACUGCGCCAGAUGUUUUGAAGCCACUCUUCGGCGCUCUGGACAAGCCUAUUUCUAUGAUACGGGCGGUGACGGGCCAAGCCUCAAGUGUUUUGGGUUGCCCUCAGUUGCAGGCUACCGACGACAGCCAGUUCGAUCAGUUCCCGGGCAGCGCUAAGUUGUCGAGUAAGGGAACUUACUAA